AUGGACCUGCGGGAGUCUUGCACAACCCAGACAUGCCCUGCCUCUCCCACAGGAGCAAAGGUACCCAGCCUCAUCAUCGUGCUGACAGGUGAACAACUGCUGCCAGAAUCGUUUGCAGAGACACAAGUUGAAGCUGCAAAAUCCAGGCAGUUGGGGGCAACUCUGUAUUUCGUGGGUGUGCAAAAUUAUCAGCUAUCCCAGCUGUUGGAAAUUGCUGGUGAAGAGGAUCAUCUGUUUCAAGUGGACAGUGGAUACCCUGGACUGGAAGACAUCGUUGACCCACUCAUUGGGAGAUCUUGCGUGCAGAUUACAUCUGUGGAUUUCUCCCCUAUCUGCACUGGAGGUAAAAAGGACAUCAAGGUUAUUGGAAAAGGUUUUCAGGACAGUCACCAGGAUGAAGUUCUCUGUCAGUUUCGAGUUCGAAAGGAAACCAUCCGAAUAAAGGCUAUAUCUGUAGAAGAUACCUCCAUUACCUGCCCAGGACCGAAUAUAACUAAUCCAGGCCAGGCCGUCUUCAUCGAUAUCAGCCUGGAUAAUGGCCUCACCUUCAUCAAGACGGAUUUAGAUGUCAGCAGGAGGAGCUGUGUGACUUCCAGGGAGGGGACCCCACCUGCCUUACUGGGUGCCACACCACCGCCUGCCCAACAAAGAGCCCUUCCAGAUGGUGGGCCGGAAGACAAAGAGGAUACUCAGUCAGAUGGAGGGCCUCCCAGAGGGGUGUUCCUCAGUUUACACUCUCUCUACUGGGCUGUGCCCCUCCUGACGCUGCCCUUUUUCCUGGUGCUGUGCUGCUGCUGUAUCUGGCGAUGGCGCAGUAAAAGUGUGAGUGACCCCUGA